AUGGCAGUCCUCCUUGGCACUUCCGUGUUCGUCUUGCUUCUCGCUGGCUGUACAUCAAUCGAUCAUAGCAAGGUGAAAGUAUCUGUUUACUACGAGACGUACUGUCGAGCGUCGGUCGGUUUCAUUGUGGGAGAACUCAAAUCUGUCAUGGAUGAAGAGUCAAUGACGAAGAACAUGGACUUGAGCCUGGUUCCUUUCGGGAAUGCUGGGUACGAUCCGAGAACCAAGAAGUACACCUGUCAGCAUGGUCCCCAAGAAUGCGAAAUAAAUCUCGUCCAAGGAUGCAUCAUCAAAAAAGGAGGCGGCGAUCAACUCCAAACUUUCAAUGCUGUCUAUCUGGAGGAAGAGGCUAUUCUCAAGCACAAUACCAGUGACUGGAUAAUUGAAUCCAUCAGCGGUCUCCCUUCUCGAGCCGAGGUCUUAGCCUGUAUUGGCAGCCCUGAGUCCCUUGGCAUCGUCGCUGAGUUCGCUAAGGAAACGGAAGACCUUCAACCCCCACAUAGAUACACUCCAUGGGUGACUAUCGAUGGUACGCCCCUCAAGGGUGAUUUCAAAUCGGCUCUAUGCGCUUCUUUAGUGAAAAGACUUCCCUUCCACGGCUCGAUGAGUUUCUCCCUCGUCACUAACUGA